AAUGACGUCAGGUACGUACAGUGUACACACGAUCGUCAUAGCAUUCCGACCGCGUUCUUCAAGGAAAUCGAAAAAUCCUUAGUCGCGAGGCGUCAAAAUGCCGAUCGAUAAGAGGAUCGUGAGAACAAUUUAUACCCUGUUAUUAUUCGUGACGAUAGGAUGCGAAGCUAUUCGAUGUUACCAAUGUAGCAGUAAUACCGAUCAAGAAGGCGAAGAUCUUUGUGGAGCUUAUGGAAAAUUCGACAAAGAAGGAAAUAUUCCGGUGGAAUGUAGUAACGAAGAAUCUCAUACGCCUGGGACGUUUUGCAUUAAGUUGACACAACAAAGUCCUCGUGGCUUCAUAUGGAACGGUAGAUGGCGACAAGUGAUACGAAGGUGUGCAUCUGUCUCCAGUACCGGAGUUACAGGUGUCUGUAAUUGGGGGGUUUACGAAAAUGGAAUCUAUUGGCAAGAAUGUUCUUGUUCCGAAGAUUUUUGUAACGGAGCAUCCUCAUUUUCUUCACUUUCUACGAUAAUCUUUGUUACAUCAAGCGUCCUUCUUUCGAUCCUUUUUACAAGAUAAAUAGGAGUACGUGUCUACUGAAAAAAAAAAAAAAAAAUAAUACACACAAGAUUUCAUUAGCAACGAAUCCGUCCAUUAUAAUUUUAUUUAAAAGUAUAGAGAUAUUUUAGACUAAUAAGAGAAUCAUUAGGAAUUUAUUCCUGAACGGAACAAAUUGUUUUGAAGAAAGGAUUAUUAAUAUAUAUAUAUAUAUAUAUAUCAUUUUUAUAUCUUUAUAUAAAGGAAUUUAGAAACAAAAGAUAGAUAUAAAUUAGAUGAAAAAUCAACGUCUUCUUCGUUAGUUUGUACAUAAGUUUUAAGUUUCAUCAAUGACAAUUUCAUAUAUUACAUAUAUAUGAAACAUUUUGCAAUAAUUUUUCUUACAAUAAAUAAUCCCGACCAUGUUGAUGUCAUUUAAGUUUAAUAAUAUUUAUAAACUAAGAUGAAGAUCGAGAAGUUUAAAGAGAAUUGAUUUAAUCAAAGGAUGAUCGAGCUAUAGAUAAAUGUCCCUGAUAACUAGUAUCAAGAGACAAAAGCACGUAAUUAGUACAAAACGGAUUAGUAGCUACGAUCGGCAUGAGAUCGAUCUAUGAAAGUUCGAUUAGCUGAUCGCGCUAGUAAACUCGUAGUUACCUCAAAAUAUCAGCAAUAUCUUUGCGUCAUCCGUUGUAGCUGUUGCAAUUAUUUUUCCUAAGGUUACAUCAUGGACGUAAUCGUGCGAUAGAAAAAAUUACUAAAAUCGUAGUUUCCCAGCCAAAAUCAUAUUACGUGGCCAUUAAAAAGUAGCAAUAAAGAAGUAUAAAUAUUGA